AUGGCGGCACCUCUCGGACGGGACACCCUACCUGAGCACUGGUCGUACGGAGUUUGUCGAGAUGGUCGGGUCUUCUUCAUCAAUGAUAAAACUCGUAGCACUAGUUGGCUACAUCCACGCAGCGGCGAGCCGGUAAACUCGGGACACAUGAUUCGUUCAGAUUUGCCCAGAGGAUGGGAAGAGGGCUUCACGGAAGAAGGAGCCAGCUACUUCAUCAAAUUCUCACUCAUUUCCUUCCUCAUCGGAAUGACUCGGCUUCUGUCGGGAUUCCCAAUAAUUUGCCCCAUUUGCUACCGACAGAGGAUUCUGUAUGUCGAGCUGUACAUCCGUAAAGCUUCCACCCUUGUGAGAGGGCUUGGGCAGGUUGGGCUUGAGAAGUCAGAGCUGGAGCAGCAGGAGUCGGAGCAGAAUCGGGGCAGGAGAGAUGCGGGAGACAGGAUGGGGACCUGCUGUUGCAGCUGUCUGCCCCUUGGCCCGGGGAUUGAGGCGGCUGAUGGGGAAGCAGAGGGGGUCGCGCUGCAGCCUCACUGUUUGGAGAAGGAGGAGAGGCAGACUGAGACAAGCCACAACCAGAGGACCACAUCAUUUCGGCAUCCUGUAAGUGGACAGAUUUCACCCGAAAACACAGAAUACACGUUACAAGACAGACUGGAGUCCCGUAUGUCAAAGUCAGCGGCCCAUCAGAGAUCGCCCAGCAUGGUCACAGAGUCCUCCAAGGUUGGGACGUCAGCAGCAGUGGAUGCCACCCCAGGGUCAAAGGGCACCAGAGGAACGGGGAAAGUACACAGUUUUGGCAAGAGGGAUCAUGCUAUUAAAAGAAACCUCAACAUCCCAGUGGUGGUGAGAGGCUGGCUUUAUAAGCAGGACAGCUCUGGAAUGCGACUGUGGAAGCGGAAGUGGUUUGUUUUGUCGGACUACUGCUUGUUUUACUACAAAGACAGUCGAGAGGAAACGGUGCUCGGUAGCAUCCCCCUGCCCAGUUAUGUCAUUGCACCCGUUGAGCCCGAUGACCACAUAAACCGAAAAUACGCUUUCAAGGCGAGCCAUACGGGAAUGCGCUCCUACAUUUACAAUAAGAACUCUGUGAUUGGCUCACAGGCAGAACACUGCGGGAUGCGGACAUAUUUCUUCAGUGCGGACACACAGGAGGACAUGAAUGGCUGGAUUCGGGCCAUGAACCAGGCUGCGCUGAUGCAGCAGAGUCACACCAUAAAGAGAGAAAUGGAGAAACCAGAGAAGGCUACACAGCAAGCAGCCCCACAGACCAACCAUGUCCACAUCACCCAGACCUCAUCUCAGUCACAAAGCCUUCACAGGACAGACAGGGAGGAACCUCAGGAUAAUGCUUUCAGACUAGCUCAUGGGAAUGAGGGGAGGUAUGGAUUGGAGACCAACAGCAAACCCAGCCAGUCAGUGGCACAGGAAAGAGUAGAAAGACUGUCUCCAGAGUCUGUCAAUGAUGCUGCUCAGAAGAAUGGACAGCCAGCAGUAAUCCAAGUGACCCUACCACCUGAGAAAAAUGGGAGCGUUGUCUAUCAGCGGGGCUUUGUUUCAAGGAUUGACACUGAAAAACAUGUGCAGAGGAAGAAUACGCUGGCUCAGGUGGAGCAGUGGGUCAAAGUUCACAAAGGGGAUGCACCCAAGAGCGCUCCCUCUGCUGAAUAUAACCUCCCUCGGCGGACUCCCCCUUUAAAACCCAAAUCCAGCACAGCCGACGGCACCUGUCACUCGUUGCCAAAGUCUCCUCGUCUUCCAUCGGGCAGCAGUUCUCCUCCAGCGACGUGCAACCUGCCCAGUGACUAUAAAUACGCGCAUGACCGGCUCAGCCACUUCCGCAUGUCCACCGACGAGCGAAUGGCCACCAAGGAGGGAAUGGUGUGGCAGCUUUACGAGUGGCAGCAGCGCCAGCAGUUUCGUCACGGCAGCCCCACCGCACCUAUUUACACGGGCCCUAACUUCACAGACUCCUCCUCAUUCAGAGUGACCGUGGAGAUGCCGCGCUCCAUAUCUGUCCCCCCAUCACCUUGUGAAGUCCCACCAUCAAUCCCCUCCACUUUCAAACCCCUGUCCCCGCGAAGGCCCCACACCCCUUCAGACAGACGCACAGUCAGGCCCUUGGAUGAAUUGAUAGCUGGUGACAGCACAAGAUCGAGCUCACCUGGCCACAUUUGUGCCCAUCUUUCUCAGACGUCCCAAAUAGAGAGGAGGUCCGUGCCGGCCAUGGGCUACAUCACACACACUGUCAGUGCUCCCAGCUUACAUGGCAAGACGCCAGAGGAGCUGACUCUGCUCCUCAUUCAACUUCGGAGACACCAGGCCAAGAUGGCUGGUGUGCAAAGCCCCGGCAAUGCAUUCGCUCCCCUGCUGCACCACCAGCACAACGGCCUUUUAGGCCCCAGCAUGCAGGCUGAUGAUACUUACAUACAACUGAAGAAGGACCUGGAGUAUCUAGAUCUGAAGGUCACCGGACGUGAGAGUUUAAAAAGAGAAAGACCAUCAAGACCUGUGAAAAUAGCUGAAAGUGAUGCAGAUGUAAAAUUAAGUCGACUGUGUGAACAAGACAAGAUCCUUCAGGAGCUAGAGGCCAGCAUACGCACUUUAAAAGAGGACAAGGACAAGUUGGAGUCUGUGUUGGACGUUUCCCACCAGCAGAUGGAAGAGUACAAAGAUCAGCCGGCUCAUGCUGAGAAAAUAGCCUAUCAGCAGAAACUGCUACAAGAGGAUGUGGUCCACAUCAGGGCUGAAAUAUCCCAAGUCUCAACAGAGAUGGAGAACGCAUGGAAUGAGUACAGCAGGCUGGAGAGAGACGUGGACUGGCUGAAGUCAGCCCUGCAGUCACAGAUGAACCGCAGUGAUCUUUCUCAGCAAGAGAAAAUCCAGAUCAGAAAGGAGCUGUGGAGGAUUGAGGAUGUUAUCGCAGGUCUCAGCACCAAUAAAGCCAACUACAAAGUCACUAUCUCCUCUGUUACCAACCCAGAGAGGAAAUUUGUGCCUUCAGUGUCAGUGUCAUCAGUGCCUUCUGUGUCUGGGAGCCCGUCUGCUAUGGAGAUGAGAUUGUCCCAACAGCAGCCGCACAGCCCCCACCUCAGCCCCAGCAGCCACACCCCCCCACUUUCCUCCAGCCCGAGCCAGCAGCUACUACACCAUUCUGCAACUGUCUUCAGUGGCUUUAAGUGGAGUGAGGACGACGUGCCUCCCAGACCUCCUCUACCUCAGCUCUACAGUCCUGACGAGCAACCCCCUGCUGUGCCGCCGUUGCCCCGGGAGACGACAGUGAUCAGGCACACCUCUGUUCGGGGCCUGAAACGACAGUCAGAUGAACGUAAAAGGGACCGGGAGAUUGGUCAGUACACCAACGGGGACAGUAAGGUGGAACUGAGGCCUUUCCUGAGUGAUCCAGAGCUCAUGGGCGCUGGAGAUGGCUCCAGCCACACCAGUGUGGGGGCAUCUGGGCAUGAUGGAGGAUACCAGACAUUACCCAGUAGAGGAGUGGCAGGCUCCUCGCUUCGGCUUAAUCAGUCUUCAAGCAUCUCCUCUUAUGUGACUAUACGUCGAUCAGUCUCAGCAGCCGGCGAUCAGGGGAGGCCGAAAAGUGCCUUGGAGCGUCUGUACUCUGGGGAUGCGGUGCAGCAGCAGCAGCAGCAGAGGGGGAAGAUGAGUGCUGAUGAGCAGUUAGAGAGGAUGAAGAGGCACCAGAAGGCCCUCGUCCGCCAGCGCAAGCGCACCCUGAGUCACGGAGAGCGCCAGGCGUCCUCGUCGUCGCGCGCCUCUUCCUCACGCCCGCUUUCAGCAGACUUGGGAUCAUGGAAGAGAGAGCAGGAGUUUGACCUGCAGUUGCUUGAGAGAGCUGUUCAGGGGGAGGAAGCUCAGGCAGUCAGAAGUGUCCAGGGGGAGGAAAGACCUCCCGAGCACAAAGAGAGACCCCGCUCGCACUCGGACGAAUGGCUGACCUUUCGCUCCAUGACUACAUCCCCUUCUGCUCCUGAGGCUGACCUAGAACCACUGGACUAUGACCUGGACCUCAACAAAGAACUCUCAAAACCUCAGAAAGUGUUGAUCCCCGAGCGCUAUGUGGAUCCAGAUCCUGAGGAGCCACUCAGUCCUCAGGAAGUUGAGGAGCGCCAUCGAAAAGUGGAGCGCAUCAAAAGCAUUUUGGCAAAAUCCAGUGUUCAAAACAUAGCGCCAGCUGUGUCAGCAGACAAGCCUGACGUGGGGCUGGUGGCUCUCGACUCGGCCCUUCAGGAGCAGGAGAGGAUCAUAACCAUGUCCUACGCUCUCGCCUCUGAAGCCUCACUCAAGAGCAAACUAGUUGCAGCUCAAGCUAUUUCCGGACACUGAGGUGCUACCCCACAGAGACAACAGGCCGAUGGAGUCACUGGAGAAAACAGGAUUUGGUUUGAUUGGGAAUGUCUUAAACGCAGCGAUAGAAAAACAGUAGUUCAGAUUUAACUUGAGGCUCACUCAGCACUGACCCGUCUGGAGUGUUUCUAGCUGCUGCUGAAGGCAUUUUUUCUGGGAGCUGCUGCACUUAUUAACAAAGGAAGUGUCUAACAAAUGUUAAUCUCAUAAUAAUAAAGACUAUUUUCUACUGGUCAUUGCACUUUUGAACUGUAUCAUAUUUCAUGAUAUAGCUGAAAGUUAGCAACUGGAUUUAGCUUUUCCUUCAUGUAGAACAUGUUAAGAGCGACACGUACGAAGUGCACCAUGAAAAUAUUUUGAAAAUCUUAUUUUUGUUGGUACUCAGAUCAUAUUCUUAUCCCAAACACCUUGAAAUCUCACAUGUAUGUACUGUAGCACUGCCAGUUUUCUUUAGGUUUGCCAAAAUUUAUUUUAUUCUUGCUUACAUAAUGGUGAAAAUAACCUUCAACAUAUUUUUUGUCUGAUAUGGGAAGAUUGGGAAAGUGACAUUUAUAAAAAUGUAAAUAUUAAAGAUAUUAACACAGUAUUUGGUGCAUUAGAUAUGUUUUCAUUUUAUUUAUUUUGAUCUUAACUGAA